AUGGAAAUAAUUGGAAAAAAGAUUAAAAUAAUUAAGAAAAAAAAAAAAAAAAAAAAAAUCAAAUCAAAUCAAAUCAAUUUUCAUAAAAUUGAAAAAUUAGAAUUUUCACCAGAACAACCAAUUGCAGGGAAAGAUUUAAUAGUUUCAGUAUCAGGAUAUUUAAAUAAAGAAAUUACAAAAGGUGAAGCAUAUUUAGCAAUUACAUUUGAUAGAAUACCAAUUUUAAAAUUAAAAGGUAAUUUAUGUAAUGGUAUGGGUGUUACUUGUCCAACUCCACAAGGUAAUUAUUCAACAACAACUAUUAAUCAAGAAAUACCUGAAAAUGUUCCACAAGGCUAUUACUAUGUUAAUUUUGUAUUAUAUGAUCAAGAUGAUCUGCAAAUCACUUGUGUUGAUGUCCAAAUGAAUAUUACACAAUCAUAA